GUUUAGUAUAGAUAUCUGUGGCUGCUACACGCAGCUGUUCGAAUUCACUAAGCAUCAACACAAACCGGCGGCCGCGUUCGUCAUCUCCAUCAGGCGUCGAGCUCUACAUAUUUAGGAUGAUCUGUUCUAAUUUUAAAUCGGUGCGUGACUAGGACACUUCAAAGGCCAAAUCCGAACGCGAAGCAGUUCCGUCAAUUUUUCCUGUGAUUACGUGUUGUUUGAUUAAUUUUUCGUUCAAUAAGGAAUUGUUUUCUUGUUCGUUUUUAAAGUGCCUGUCAGGACGAUGAAAAGAUACGAAUGUUAACUCGUAGGAAGGAAAGAGGAUAUUAUUUAUGAUGAGUCGGAAACGCAGUUUCUUUUUAACUGCCUUGGCUUUGUUUACUCUGGCAUCACGCAGCCAUAGCAUAGCGCGACCGAUUAAAAUCGGUGCAAUUUUUCACAAAGGCGAUGAAGAUUACAACUCCACGUUUUUAAGAGCGAUCUUCGAGACAAAAUACGAACAUCUCGCACCGGCUUUCGAACUCGUGCCAGUCCUCAAGCACGUAGACGCGGAUACCGACAGUUUCAAAACCGCCAUUGCUGUUUGCGAGUUGCUUGAGGAAGGUGUGGCAGCUAUUUUUGGACCCGCGAGUCCGCACACUCGUGGAAUAGUCGCGAGCACUGCGGCACGAUACGACAUACCGCACAUCGAAUAUGUUUGGCGGGAAAGCGAGAGAUUACGAGCGGAUGAAAUUGCGAAAAGUCCAUCGCCGAUGACGAUAAAUGUCUUCCCGGACAAUGAGAUGAUUAAUCAGGCUAUCGCCGACGUUGUCGAGUCGAUGCAGUGGCGAAACUUUGCGGCAAUUUACGAGAACGACGACGGCCUGUCGCGUAUUCAGAAGACUUUGACGUUGAAGCGCAGUAAGGACAAUCCUAUCACGAUACGGCAGUUGGGUAAAGGGCCGGAUUAUCGUCCAAUGCUCAAGGAAAUAAACUCCUUGUCGGUUUGCAACAUAAUCAUCGACGUCGAGCCGCAGAAUCUUAUCCAUGUUCUCAAUCAGGCGAAAGAAGUUAAAUUAUUAGCGGACUAUUGCAACUUCAUCAUAACAUAUUUGGAUUCGUCCAAACUGCCUAUUCUCGAGGUACGCAACGGCACUAUCGCCAAUAUCACCGGCUUCAGUUUGAGAGAGAACGAUAUAGAAGGGAUUAACUGGUUGAACUCGGCGGUUCUUUACGACGCGGUAUUCUUACUGGAUAAAGCAUUGGAGACCCUGUAUGCGAGGAAUCUCGACAACAAAGAAUUCAUUACUAUUGAACCCAUGUCACUUUCUUGCAACGACGGUAGGAGGUAUCAAGCAGGUGAAAACAUUACCAGCGCGAUACGAGAGCUGUCAAAAAUGGGGAAAAUCACAGGAACGAUGAGCAUCGAUGAGUACGGUCGACGACGGAGCUUUAACGUCCGAGUUUUGGAUUUUCGGCAAUCCGGUAUCGUGGAAACGGGCUUCUGGGAUCAGGACGGUUUGCAUUUUACGCGGACCGAGCAGGAGCUCGAGAGCUACUUGUAUAAAUCCAUUCAAGAGAAAAUGUUCAGGAUUAGCACCAGAGUGGGCGCACCUUAUGUGAUGGAGGUGACUGAUGGGUCGACACGAGGAAUAUUGAUUGAUCAGAAGCGCUACGAAGGCUACUGCAUCGAUCUGAUCGAUUAUAUCGCAAAGCAUUUAAACUUUAAGUAUAAAUUCGAGCUCGUUCCAGAUGGCCAGUACGGUAGUUACAAUGUUAAGACGAAGAUGUGGGACGGAUUGAUAAAACGUCUUCUGGAUCGUGAAGCCGAUCUUGCGAUAUGCGAUCUCACUAUCACGUACCAACGAGAAUCUGCUGUCGACUUUAGCAUGCCCUUCAUGAAUUUGGGUAUCAGCAUCUUGUUCAGCAAGCCGGAAGAAAAAGUACCGAAUCUUUUCUCCUUCUUAUCACCCUUGUCAGCCGACGUUUGGAUUUAUAUGGCGACUGCUUAUCUCGCCGUGUCGAUAAUGCUGUUUCUGCAAGCAAGAAUGGCACCUGGCGAGUGGGAUAAUCCACAUCCGUGCAAUGCAGAUCCCGAAGAACUGGAAAAUAAUUUUAACCUGAAGAAUUCGAUGUGGCUGACUAUUGGUUCUCUCAUGCAGCAAGGAUCCGAUAUUUUGCCCAAAGCGCCAUCGAUUAGAAUGCUCGCGAGUAUGUGGUGGUUCUUCACGUUGAUUAUGAUAUCCUCGUAUACCGCGAAUCUAGCCGCUUUUCUCACCGUGGACAAGAUGGACACGCCUAUUAAAGGCGUUGAAGACUUGGCUAAGCAAACCAAGAUCAAAUACGGAUCCGUCGGGAGAGGUUCGACGGCCAAUUUCUUCCGGGAUUCCAAUUACUCGACAUAUAAGAGGAUGUGGGCUGCGAUGACAGAAACGAGGCCCAGUGUAUUUACCAAGGACAAUGAGGAAGGUGUCGAACGAGUGAUCAAAAGCAAGCGGACGUAUGCAUUUUUGAUGGAAUCUACCUCUAUCGAGUACCGAAUGGAAAGGAAUUGUGAAAUAGAGAAAAUUGGUGGCCUCAUCGACAACAAGGGAUAUGGCAUAGCCUUGCCGCGCAAUUCACCGUACAGAACGCCAAUCAGCGGUGCAAUCUUGACGUUAGGUGAGAAAGGCAAGUUGCAGGAACUUAAACGAAAAUGGUGGCAAGAAAUGGGUGGCGGAUUAUGCGAAAAGGACAUCACGGAAAAGAGCGCCAGCACGAGCGAAUUAGGUUUGCCGAAUGUUGGUGGCGUCUUCCUCGUUCUUAUGUGCGGCUGCGGCGCGUCAUUGAUCAUUGCUAUUUGUGAAUUCCUGUGGAACAUACGAAAAGUUGCAGUGAGGGAGAAAAUCACACCAUGGGAGGCGUUAGUGGCAGAGUUGAAAUUUGCUGUGAAUGUAUGGGCAGUAACAAAACCCGUGAAAAUCGGAAAGACCAAUAGCAGCGCAAGCUCCGUAGAAGGUGGCCUCGGUAGAGGAUCCACAGCUAGAUCCAUUGUUGGCUCCUUUUUGCGUCUCGAUAUGCUCGAUAAAUUCGAUCACAGUACAAACAAUCGUAGCAACGAUCGUAAAAUCAAUUGACCGCUACUUGUUUAUUAAAACUUAUAUCGAGACUUCACUCUAUUAGGUAGUAAUGCAACUAACAUAAAGAAGGGUUGAAAGCCUACGAUAAAAAUUAGGCAACACAACGUGAUAAUUUUUGGGUGCAUGUAUUUUCAGCAAGCGUAUGUAUGUUAUAUGUGGCUGCUGGAGAGCUUAAUCCAUAUGCCAUUCUGUUAUUUCUCAGUGAGUAUAUUGCUAAAAAAAAAGGAGUAUGUUUUAAUAAAGAAAUAGAUAUGUC